AUGAUCAGUUUCGCGCACCAUUUCGAGGUGGUGGCGCUCCUCGCCGGGUUGUUCGUCGUGGGUGUAGUGAUAACCCCGCCGCCACAGGGCUCGCUGCGACCACCCAGCGUCUGCAUCGCGCCAUUCCUCUACUACGCCCGUAUCGGAAAGCUACAACUAUACCUCCUCUUCUGGAUCCUCCUCUCUGGCCUCAUCACCAGCAACUUGAAGCGCCGCACCGCCGGCGACGACGCGCCCCCGCCGACGCGGACGAUGAGGGCGUACCGGGUGCUCGCCCUCCUUCUCUCCUUCGCCAGCAUAGUGCUCAUCGCUGUCCUUGCCACCUACAUAGCGCAGGUCAGAUCCACCAGUAUCUCCUGCUGGAGCACGACGAGCACGGCCGCUGCAUGCCUCUUUGGGAGCUUUUUCGGCGUCGUGUGCGUCGCGCACUACUAUGAGCUCGCCACUCUGGUCCUUUGGGCUGUUUAG